AUCCCAUUGGUUGCCAUGGAGACGAACAGGAGCAGAGAAGAGGCUGCCAGUGAGAAAUUCAGCAAGGCAUCUGCGGGGGUCUGCAGGAGGAAGGAGGCAGGAUCAAAGAAAGCAAACAUGGACUUGCAUUAUGAUUGUGCCGAGUCCCCAGCAGCUGAGCAGCCAUCAGGGAAAAUUAAUAAGACGGCCUUUAAAUUAUUUGGCAAGAGGAGAUCUGGCAGUGCCAUGCCCACGAUAUUUGGUGUGAAAAACAAGGGAGAUGGGAAAGGCACCGGGAAUAUAGGAAUGGUACGGAGCAAGACCUUGGAUGGAUUGGCUGAUGUGGUGCUGGAGAGCAACAAGAAAGAGGAGCCGUGCACCAAUGCUGGGGCUGGUCAGCUGAAUACUGAAAAAAGCCCCAAGGUUGUAACAAUAAACCCAGAUGUUUCAUCCGACAGCUCAGUGGCCAAGUCACACAGCUUCUUCUCCCUGCUGAAAAGGAAUGGGAAAUCUGAGAAUGUCAAAGGAGAGCUGGCCGAGCAGAAACCCGGCAGCAGACAAAAGAGAGGACUGAAGGGUCUGUUUAACAGCAUGAGAUGGAGUAAAAAAGAUAAAAGCUACAAGGACGACAAAGAAGGGGCUUCUGAAAACCAGCCUGGCCUCAUUUUGCCCAGCUCACUGACUGCUAGUUUGGAAUGCAUUAAGGAGGAAACACAAAAACCUUUGUGCGAAAAAGAAAAAAGCGAGGAGGAUAUUCCAGCUGAUGUGCCCUCUGUGGAGCACAGUGGGGAUGUAAACACCUCAGCAGAGGAGAAUCCCCUAAAUGGAUGUGUGGAAUCUCCCUGCCCGGCACUCAUUACUAAAGAACCCCAGCUAGAGGAUCCCCCAGUUAUCCAGCAAGUGGACAACCUUUACCAGCUGCCUGACCCAGAGGUGGAGACCCUCCCAGAUAACAAAGAUGAAGACGUAACAGGUGACAUUCCAGUAAACACUGUUUCUAUUGUUGAACCCGAGUGUGAUGUUGGUCAAGAAAUUGCAGCCCCUGACCCCACCACUGUUGACCCACCCUCAGAGCCAUCCUUUGAUCGUAUUUGUUUAAUGUUGGCUGAUGUUACGUCACUGAAAAGCUUUGACUCUCUUACAGGAUGCGGCGAUGUUAUUGCUGACCAAGAUGAUGAUGGAGGGAGCAGCAAGGGGUCGAAGGUUGUGCCAGGCAAUGGCAAGAAAGUCACCUCCAAGAAGAACGCAAAUAUUGUUGCCUACCAGGGUGGAGGGGAGGAGAUGGCCAGCCCGGAAGAAGCGGAUGAGACUUAUGUUCAAGAACUUUUCAGUAUGAUCCCUCAGUCCGAGGGGGCAAGUGAAAAACCAGAAAAGGUCAAUGGCACCACACAGGUUACCGCAAGGGAGGUAAAAUGCAGCGACAGUGGCCGUGAUAGAAAUACUGUAAAGCCAAGCAAGUUAAGGCAGGUGCCUAUUCGUCGCAAAGAGAGGGGAGAUCAAAACAGCAAGGGAAACGAGAAGCGACAAUGUCAUCGCAACAGCGACGAGGGGUAUUGGGAUUCAACAACACUAGGUCAAGAGGAAGAGGAGCCCAGGAGUGUGGGAAAACAAGCCCUCCCCAGAGACAGCUGUAGUGGCGAUGCCCUUUAUGACCUGUAUACAGAUCCUGAUGAAAGCAUACCCAAAGCACAGGCAGAGGAACCCCCAGUCAGCCAUUCCCACUCCAAACCACUAUCUCCUGUAACCGCAUCAUGCCCAGUAAAAACAGCCAGUUCCAACAAAGAGUCCAAGAUCCCCAUCAGCAUUAAACACCUGCCCGUCCACACCACAAACCAGGGGAUCGAUAGUGGCAGCGGUUCUGCCGCUGGGCAUUCACAUCCGGUGAAAAGUGAACUACCCAGAACCAAAAUCCCAGUCUCCAAGGUACUGGUACGGAGGGUCAGUAAUAAAGCCAUAACAGAGACUGCAGCAGGUAAACGAGCCAUCCAUGAUCCAGCCAGAAAGCACCACUGACACUGUGGGAAAAGCAAGUUAAACAAAUGGUGGUGGUUGUCGUUGCUGCUUUAUAGCUGACUAUUACUUAAACGGAUCAUUUCAUUUAACACUUAAUCAAUUAACCCAGGGCAAAUACUCAAAUCAACUUUUUUUUAAUACUUGCUAUACCGGAUUAUUUUCUGUUGUGUUUUCUACAUUUGUACGUUUCGGGUAAACUACUGGGCAUCCCAUUUGGAUGUUUCAUUUCUUUUUCCCUUCUGAUUCAGAUGAUCUAUGUUUAGUAUUUAUUUUGAUGAAAAAUAACAAUGGAAGAAAAAAAAAUGCAUGAAUAAAAAUAUUAUAUUAUU